GCAGGAGUCAGAGGAGGCGAUGAGAGGAAGCUGCAACAAACACACAGGGCGUCUGCGCUUACCUAAAUAGGACAAUAAAGUGAAAUCGGGAUCAAUGCUCUAACAAUGGAUUUGCCAUGUAUGCUUCCCCUUAAAGUUUUCCUCUUCGUGUAUUUACUAAGCUGCACCCAAGGACACUACAGGAAUCCUCUGAACAAGUACAUCCGACACUAUGAAGGCCUGUCGUACGACACAGAACUUGUUCACAGCAAACAUCAGCGAGCAAAGAGGGCGCUCUCUCACGAAGACAAGUUCCUCCACCUAGACUUUCAUGCUCACGGAAGGCAUUUCAACUUAAGAAUGAAAAGGGACACCCUGUUGUUUGCUCCAGAUUUGAAGGUCGAUGUUUCGGGAGAAGAAAUCCCCUAUGAUACCUCUCAUAUCUACACCGGUGAAAUCUACGGUGAGAAAGGCACGCUGACUCACGGCUCCGUUAUCGACGGUAAGUUUGAGGGCUUUAUACAGAGCUACCAUGGCACUUACUACGUGGAGCCAGCGGAGAGAUACCUGGAAGACAAAGACGUGCCCUUCCACUCUGUGAUAUACCACGAGGACGACAUCCACUAUCCACACAAGUACGGCCCGGAGGGAGGCUGUGCCGAUAGCUCCGUGUUUGAAAGGAUGAACAAGUAUCAAGCCUCUGCUGUGAAGGAGCCCACUAAGGAGCUCCACGCUGAGGCCGACUCCAGCGACCCGGUACUGCUGAGGAGGAAGAGGAUGGCCCAGGCUGAGAAGAACACCUGCCAGCUUUUUAUUCAGACGGACCACCUUUUCUUCAAAUACUACAAGACCAGCGAAGCCGUCAUCGCUCAGAUCUCCAGUCACGUCAAGGCCAUCGACGCCAUCUAUCAAGGCACGGACUUUAUGGGAAUUCGUAACAUCAGCUUCAUGGUGAAAAGAAUCAGGAUAAACACCACCUCUGACGAGAGGGAACGGUCCAACCCGUUCCGCUUCGCCAACAUCGGCGUGGAGAAGUUCCUGGAGCUGAACUCGGAGCAGAACCACGACGACUACUGCCUGGCUUAUGUUUUCACAGACAGAGAUUUUGAUGACGGGGUGUUGGGACUGGCCUGGGUGGGAGCCCCCUCAGGGAGCUCUGGAGGAAUCUGUGAAAAGAGCAAGCUGUACUCCGAUGGAAAGAGGAAGUCUCUCAACACGGGUAUAAUAACUGUACAGAAUUAUGCCUCCCACGUACCUCCAAAAGUCUCUCACAUCACCUUUGCACAUGAAGUAGGACACAACUUCGGCUCCCCGCAUGACUCUGGAUCUGAGUGCACCCCUGGAGAAUCCAAAAGUCAAGACAAGAAGGAGAAGGGCAAUUAUAUCAUGUAUGCCAGAGCCACAUCAGGAGACAAACUCAACAACAACAAGUUCUCCUUUUGUAGCAUUCGCAACAUCAGCCAGGUGCUGGAGAAGAAGAGAGGCAACUGUUUUGUUGAGUCCGGUCAGCCCAUCUGUGGUAACGGACUGGUGGAACCUGGAGAGGAGUGUGACUGCGGCUACAGUGAUCAGUGCAAAGACCAGUGCUGCUACGACGCCAACCAGCCUGAUAACAAGAAGUGUAAAUUAAAGCCCAACAAAGUCUGCAGCCCCAGUCAGGGUCCUUGUUGUACCCGUGACUGCGUUUACAAGGGUCGUAACGAGAAGUGCAGGGAGGAGUCGGAGUGCGCUCACCAGGGCAUGUGUAAUGGCGUCAGCGCCCAGUGCCCCACAUCUGAGCCCAAGGCCAACUUCACCGCCUGCCACGGAGAAACUCAAGUCUGUCUGAACGGGGGCUGCUCCGGCUCCAUCUGUGAGAAGUACGGGCUGGAAGCGUGCACGUGUGCCAGCCAAGAUGGCAAGGAUGAGACGGAGCUCUGCCACGUUUGCUGCAUGGAGAAGAUGAACCCCAACACGUGCAGCAGCACGGGGUCAGAGCGCCUGACCCGUUUCUUCAACAAGAAAGUGACCACGCUACCAGCCGGCUCGCCGUGCAACGACUUCAAGGGCUACUGCGACGUGUUCAUGAAGUGCCGACUGGUGGACGCAGACGGGCCUCUCGCCAGGCUAAAGAAAGCUAUUUUUAACCCAGAGCUGUACGAGAACAUCGCCGAGUGGAUUGUGGCUCAUUGGUGGGCCGUGCUGCUGAUGGGCAUCGCCCUCAUCAUGCUCAUGGCUGGUUUUAUUAAGAUCUGCAGUGUCCACACACCAAGCAGUAAUCCUAAACUUCCCCCUCCCAAACCACUUCCAGGCACUUUGAAGAGGCGACGAGCGCAGCAGCACGCCAGCUCCCAGGUGCAGCACCAGUCGCAGCACCCGCACCCCCACAGCGGACACGGCGGCCAGCGGCAAGCCCGGGGCCAGCCGGCGCAGCGGCAGGCGCAGCCCCAGAGGCACCACCGUCAGCCCAGAGAGAACUAUCAGAUGGGCCAGAUGAGACGCUGAGACCUUGCCCUCGCUCCUGCCCCCGCCCUUCCUCCUCCUCCUCCGCCCGCCCCUCCCCCCAAUGCCUUGGCUCCUCCUCGUGCCUACAGUGGGAAACAAAAGCGUCACUCCAUCCAAAGAAAAGCCUGACACGGUUGUUAGUCGUCGUGGUCGGAUCCUCCACCUACGGACAAAAAACGGGACGAAGAGCGAACACUGUCUAGCAACUCGAUUGGCUCUUUGCGGAGUGGACUUGGACCAUCAGCCAUUUCCAAUGCAGUGUGAUCAAGCAUCGUUUUUUUUUUCUCUUUUAUUUUAUUAAAUUUUUUUCUUUAAAAGUGUGCCAAGGAGUGAAGGAAUCGUGCAGCUUUUGUCCCUUCUGUGAUGUUUUUGGUUCUGUUGCGACAUCAUCUCUGAGUGAUUAACCAGUGGCUGCUGGUGAGUUGUUUUGUGCUCUACUUUCUGUUUUUUUUAAACAUUUUCUGGUUUUGUCCCCACCCCCCACCCCAAACCCCCUUGUCAUCUUAAGCCAGGAACGAGAGACUCGAUGAGGAUUUGUGGCACUUUUUUUUGUGACGUACACAUGUGAAAACGGCAAACAGACGCAGGCUCCGGUUCUCCCGUGCAGACAAGUCUUCUGCAUGUGACUGUAAAUAUUUAGUGUAUUAUAAGUGAAAACAAACUAUUUCUUCUACUGUAAAUGUGUAAUUCCUCACUAUUUUCUUUUCUUUUUGUUUUGUUUUGUUUCUUCUUCUUUUGGUUAGUGCUCUCAGGAUUUAUAACAUAAAUGAAGGAGUGGAUGGCUGUCAGAGUUCUUGCUGUUGCAGAUUCAACACUUUUCAGUUCUCUUUACUGUCCUGUCAGACACAUUUCAUUCACUAAUAUUAGACGGCAAGAAUUGAAUUGUCAACCUCAAGGCCAUCAUAUCCAACGUUUCUAGGCCUCCUCUCUGUUCAAGGUUCCUUUUUUUUGUCUUUUUAACGUUUUGCUAACGUGUGAGAUGACUUCGGAACAAAAAGGAAAAAAAUCGAGAACAUCCCAUUUGUGGCGCGACAUUUACUGCGAUUUAUUGAAAAGUGAGCAAGCACUAACGGAAGCUGAGCGGAGGUGACGGCUGCUGGGGAUUAUUAGUGUCAAAGUGAAACGUUUGUCAUGUUGUCGAGUUAGUGCAAAUAAAUCUUUUAAAAACGGCGAACAAAAAAACGUCAUUUUUAUGCUUCUGAUGGCGAAUUUAGGAGGUUUUAAGCGUGGGCGUGCAGACAGGUUUUCUUGAAUUAUCUGAGGAAGGUUUGUAAUAUUUCUCGUUCUCUCAGUACUUCGACAGCUGAUGCUGUUCAUUUUCCAGCAGCAGAACAAAGGGAUGUCAUGCAGCAGUAUUCAUUCACAGCUGCUGUUUAACUACUUCAAAACAGUAAAAUCCUGCAACCAUCAAGGAUACAGGGGUGGAAAUCACCGGUUUUAUCACAAUAUGUUGAUUUGUUUGGACCACGAUACGAUUUUAAUUCAAUUCACAUGUCUGUGAUUGAUGUACGAUAUAUACCCAUCUAACAAUUAGUAAAUAAUUAGAUGGGCAUAUGAUAUGGAUUGAUGUUUUCAUUUUUGCCUUGAUGUGAUUAAAUCAUUAAUCAUUUAA